AUGAACAAAUUAUUAAAUGAGCGUAACCUAGAGGGCAGGGAUCUUCUGAAAGUUGUAAGGAAAGUUAGUAAAUUAUAUUUAAAGAUGGACGAUGUCGUUGAGUACUUUAAUCGGUUAUUUGGCUGGCCUAUGCUACUGAUCUUCUUCGAUUUCAUCUUACUUAUACUAAGUGCUUUGGUAGCUGCUACCAACGAGAAUUUUACGUUCCAAGAUCGAGUUUAUAACACGAAUACCGAUGCCGUCUUGGUGAACAUUUUUUUUAUACUUCAGUCAGGGGUUUGGUUGACGGCUCUAAUAUUUUGUUGCGAUUCAGUUGGAACAGAAGUAGAAGAGUUACUAACAAAUUGUUACAGAUUGGAAUAUAAAUUGCCUUUAUUUUCCAUGGAACUUGAAGAAUUGGGGAACUUGAAAAAGCUAAUCAAGAAUAAAACUCCAAAGUUAACCGCAGCAGGCUUCUUCGAAAUAAAAAGAUCGACUUUACUGUCUCUCCUUGGUACCGCCACAACUUAUUUCAUUGUGGCUUUACAGUUUAAGUCGUUAUAA